CUCUCCACCAUGAAGGUUGUCGGGGGCCUCAUUCUGUUCUUCAUGGCAAUCUAUAUCUGCCACAGCUUGGAAGUGACCAGUCACCCUUCACCAACGGUGGACUGUGACAUAUACAAGAAGUACCCAGUGGUAGCCAUCCCCUGCCCCAUUGAAAACAUACCAGUUUGUGGUUCCGACUAUAUCACCUAUGGGAAUAAAUGCAAGCUGUGUACAGAGAUCUUGAGGAGUAAUGGAAAAAUUCAGUUUCUUCAUGAAGGGCACUGCUAACUUCCCCAUGGACAAAGAAAGAACAAUGAUGCCUUCAUGGUGUA